AUGGCGAAUCGAACAGAUCCAACAGCGAAGAGCAUAAGAGGGACAAACCCACAAAACCUUGUUGAGAAAAUCCUGCGGUCCAAAAUCUAUCAACACACGUACUGGAAAGAACAAUGUUUUGGAUUAACAGCAGAGACAUUGGUCGAUAAAGCGAUGGAACUCGACCAUUUAGGGGGUACAUUCGGUGGUAAUCGUAAACCGACACCGUUUAUGUGUUUGGUUAUGAAAAUGUUGCAAAUUCAGCCUGAGAAAGAUAUUGUUGUUGAAUUUAUUAAAAACGAAGAUUACAAAUAUGUGCGUGUGCUUGGUGCUUUUUAUCUGCGACUUACUGGGACUGAUAUAGAUGUGUAUCGUUACUUAGAGCCUUUGUACAAUGACUAUCGAAAGUUGAGGCAAAAACUACCUGAUGGAAGAUUCGCUUUGACUCACAUGGAUGAAGUUAUAGAUGAGCUUUUGACAAAAGACUAUUCUUGUGAUGUUGCGAUGCCACGUAUUAAGAAAAGAUGGACUCUUGAAUCACUUGGUGCACUUGAACCUAGAAAGAGUGUGUUGGAAGAUGAUUUUGAAGAGGAGGAAGAGCGAGAGGAGAAUGAGCAACUUGAUGGAUUUGACAAUGGUGUUGAUGAACGGGACUAUUACCAUGAGAGAAGCCCUGCAAGGGAAAGGGAUAGGGACAGGGAUAGACGACGCGAUAGUCACAGACACAGGGAUCGUGACUAUGAUAGAGAAUAUGAUAGGGAAUAUGACAGGGAACGCGGACGUGGAAGAGAGAGAGACAGGGAAAGAGACAGAGACAGGGAUAGAGACAGGGACAGGGAUCGCUAUCGAUUGAGAGACGAAAGAGAUUAUGGUCGUGAUAGAGAGCGAGAAAGAGAAAGGGAAGGCAGGGAGCGAGAAAGGCGAGAUAGGGACCGUGGCAGGCGGAGGAGUCAUUCAAGGAGCCGAAGUAGGAGUCGGGAUCGUAAAAGACAUGCCCACAGUAGUAGUCCUAAAAGGCGUGGAGAUGGAGCAGAAGAGCCAAAGAAGAAAAAGGAGAAGAAGGAGAAGAAGGAAAAGAAGGAAAAGAAAGAUGAUGGUACAGACCACCCUGAUCCAGAGAUUGCUGAAGCUAACAAGCUCCGAGCAGCCCUUGGGUUGAAACCACUUAAAUGA